AGCUGUCAGCGCAGCUGGCCUCAGGAGAAGGGCGCUUGCGGCAAGGCGAGCAACCUUGACCGGCCGCGGCCUGCCCUCCCCUUGCGCGUCGCAUUUACACCGCGCCUCCCGAGGAGGCCAGCGGCAGCGGUAGCAGCGCCCAGCGCGCACCACAGCCAGCGGCGAGCGGCGAGCGGCGAGCGGCGAGUUCUUUAAGGAAGCGGCAGGCCGCCUUUGCCCGGCUUGGCUUGGAGUGGGAGUCGAGUGGCUUGCCUUCUCGGAGAAGACAAGCGAGCAUUCUUGUCUUCCUCGCUCUCUCCUGCUUUCCUUCCUGUCCUGUUUCUACUUUCUACUAGUAGUAGCAGCAGCCAGCAGCCAGCAGCCAGCCGCCGCCUCUGCCUGUGCGGGAGGAGGAAGAGGGAGGAGGAAGCAGGGUUGGGAGAGGGAGGGAGAGAUGAGCGUGACCAAGUUCAUCAAGUGCGUGACGGUGGGCGACGGCGCGGUGGGCAAGACCUGCAUGCUCAUCUGCUACACCAGCAACAAGUUCCCCACGGACUACACCCCCACGGUGUUCGACAACUUCAGCGCCAACGUCUCCGUGGAUGGCAACAUCGUCAACUUGGGGCUCUGGGACACUGCUGGGCAAGAGGACUACAGCAGGCUGAGGCCACUGAGCUACAGGGGGGCAGACGUGUUCGUGCUGGCCUUCUCCCUGAUCAGCAGGGCAAGCUAUGAGAAUGUUCUUAAGAAGUGGGUGCCAGAGUUGCGCAGAUUUGCACCCAAUGUUCCAGUUGUUCUUGUUGGGACCAAGUUAGAUCUCCGUGACCACAGAGCCUACCUUGCUGACCAUCCCGGAGCUUCAACAAUCACAACAGCACAGGGUGAAGAACUGAGGAAGCAGAUUGGUGCUGCAGCUUACAUCGAGUGCAGUUCCAAAACGCAACAGAAUGUCAAGGCUGUCUUUGAUACUGCCAUCAAAGUGGUCCUUCAGCCCCCUCGGAGAAGGGAGGCAAUGCCUGCUAGGAGGAAAAGUAGGCGCGGCUCCGGAUGCUCCAUUAUGAACCUGAUGUGUGGCAGCACGUGUGCUGCUUAGGAGGUCGAGGCCUCGAGGGAGUUGAAAACGUGAAUGUGUGUAUCUGUUGUGUACUUGUGGGCUUGUGGCAAGUGAAUUUGCUAUAGACUGGGACAGCAUGGAUACCUGCUGCUCUUGCUUUUCCUUGGCUCUUCAAUAUGCUUGGGUUUUUAGGCUUAGUGCGUCAGGACUGACUGACCAGACUUCAGUGUCAUGUAAGAAGUUUGUUAGACGAGGAUUGCUGUAAUGUUUUGCAAGAGGGAUGUGGUAUAAGUACUUAGUACUAAGAUAAAGACCAGUCCUAAUGAAAGUUUCCUGGUAUUAAAUUCUAUGCCACGUU